CUCCAACAUCGUUUUAUUGGACGGCUGAGCUGACGUAAGCGGCGCGCCAAAGCGGCGCGAGGGUUUGAAGCCAGGCUUGGUCGCGUCGUCAUGGAAACGCGGCCUCGCCGGUUCUUUUCUCACCGCGCUGGGAGUGAGAGAAGCUCCGGGGGUUUCGCGGAAGCUCCGCCGCGGGAGACAGUCAGACCGAGAGUGAAUUCGCCGUGGGAAAGGCUAAGGAAGGAGCCCUCCGGCCACCGUGAGUAAGAAGAUGGCCUCGUGUCUGUACGAAUGCCUCUGUGAGGCGGAACUUCAAAAAUAUUACCCGCACUUUACUGCCCUCGGCUUCCAGAAGAUCGACGAACUUGCCAAGGUCUCCAUGAAGGAUUACAGCAAACUCGGGGUUCAUAACAUGAAGGACCGCAAGCGUCUCUUCCAGCUCAUUCGAAUCAUCAAGAUGCUGCAGGCCGAAGAGGAAGCAGUCAGGAAAAAACAGGAAGAUUUCCAGAAAAGUGCCCGCCGCCUGCGACCCCAGCUCACUCGCUCCGGCCCACGGAGACAACUUCAUUUUGAUUCCGAGAGAAAAGGGGAACGAAAAGAGGUUGAAUCUGGGUCGUGCGCCUUAUCUCACAGUUCUUCGAAUGAGGGUAAAGAGGAGGCCGCUGCGGGAUUUGGUCCUGAUUCCGUCCACAAAAGACCCAGGAAGGACUCCUUAAAAGCAUCCGCAAGCUGGACAGAGGACCAGCUGGUGGUCCCAGCGCCAAGUUCAUCUAAUGAUGUUUUAGGAGACGCGGACAUUUCCUUUGUACAGAGAGUAGCUCAUAUCUCGGGCUACAAUUACGGAGUGCCUCAUUCUCUCACCAGAACGACUGCUGGUGAGAAAGAGACCCCAUGGAUCGAAACGGACAAGAUCCGUGUGUGUGUGCGAAAACGCCCCCUCGGUUUACGAGAGGAGAGGCGUGGAGAAGUGAACAUCCUCACGGUGGAAGACAAGGAAACGCUUCUGCUCCACGAGAAGAAAGAGGCCGUGGAUCUCACACAGUACAUCUUGCAGCAUGUGUUUUAUUUCGACGAAGUCUUUGGGGAGUCCUGUUCCAAUCAAGACGUGUACAUGAAGACGGCCCAUCCUCUUAUUCAACAUGUAUUUAGUGGAGGCAAUGCCACCUGCUUUGCGUACGGACAGACAGGGGCAGGGAAAACCUACACCAUGUUUGGCACCUAUAAAACCCCCGGCCUCUAUGCCUUGGCUGCUAAAGAGAUCUUCAAGCAACUGGAAACAACUCCGGCUAGGAAAGAUCUCCAUGUCUGGAUCAGCUUUUAUGAGAUCUACUGCGGGCAGCUUUAUGAUCUGCUAAAUGGAAGAAAGAGGCUUUUUGCAAGGGAAGAUAGUAAGCAUGUCGUUCAAAUAGUUGGGCUGCGCGAGGUCCAUGUGAACACGGUCAACUUGCUCCUGGAGGUUAUUCUGAAAGGAGGGAAGGAGCGCAGCACAGGAGCGACUGGAGUCAACUCUGAUUCUUCCCGGUCCCAUGCCAUUAUCCAGAUUCAGAUGAAAGACCCUGCAAACAGAGUGUUUGGGAGAAUCUCGUUUAUUGACCUGGCUGGCAGCGAGAGGGCAGCUGAUGCCAAGGACUCUGACCGACAGACAAAAAUGGAAGGAGCAGAAAUCAACCAGAGUCUUCUAGCACUGAAAGAAUGCAUCCGUGCGCUCGAUCAAGAACACGCUCACACCCCCUUCAGACAAAGCAAACUGACCCAGGUCCUGAAAGACUCUUUUGUUGGCAACUCCAAGACGUGCAUGAUUGCCAACGUGUCACCCAGCCACCUGGCCACGGAGCACACCUUAAAUACCUUGCGCUAUGCGGACAGGGUAAAAGAGCUGAAGAGAGGGAUGAAAUCUUGCACCCCUAUUGCCAGCAGACCCCGGGCAGCAGGACACACAUCUCCUAAGCGUAUCCAGAAUUCUCCUUACAUCCAAGUUGGAGGGAAGAGCUCUCCCAAAAAAGUCAAGCUGGGGUUGCAUCACCCUCUGAUGCCGACCCCCUUGUCCAAGACGAAGACCUCUUUGCUCUUUCAGCCAGCUCACCUUCCUUUCUCCUCCACUCCGAAAGGACAGGGGCGCAAAGAACCUUUGGGAACUCCGUGGCCCGGUUGUCCCAGCGCAGAAAGAGAGAUCCCGAAGGCAGAGUCGUCAUCCAAGAAGCUGGCGGAGGAACCUGCAAUAACUUCGGAGAAAAGCCAUCUCCGGAAGGACUUGGCGGCCAGGAGAGAAGGCGGCCAGGAGGACAGGCAGCGGGGGAAAUGUCCGAAAGUCGAACCAGUGCAAAAGCAACUGGUUUCCAGGGCUGAUUUUUCCCAUCACGGCUCAGAUGACGAAGAAGAUCCCGGGAGGCUCUUUGCGGAUCAGUGCGUGGCCGCCUGGACGGGCGUUUCCUCCCAUCAGAAAGACCGAGAACAGCACUUGAGGCUUUAUCACCAGCAGUUCCAGCAACCGCCUCUCCUCCAGCAGAAAUUAAACUACCAGCCCUUGGAAAAGGUCUUAGCGCGGUACAAGUCCCAGGAGAUCCAGGUGAGGCCAGAGUCCCCCGGCCCUGACUCCGUCUCCUCUCAAGGCCGGGAUGAAACCAUGCAGCUGGAGGAAUUGGACGACAGCGACUUCAGCGAGGACUCUUUCUCUCCCGGGCCAGGUCGGAAAAAGGUGGAGAGGGAAGCUCGAAAACAAAGCAACCAGAAUUCCUUUUUCCUCCAUCGGAGAGACUUCGGGGCUGGAGAAAGGGACGGAGAAGACAAGCAGGAGCUGUUCUGUAAAUGGUACGCGUUUGAGAAGGGAGGAAGAGCCUUCCCAAGUGAGGAAGAGUCCAGCAGCUACGAAGAAGGCGGUAGAGAUUUAUGUGACUGGAGCCCAGGAGAAAUAUCAGCGGUGGGCUCUUCCCCGCACAGAGGCAUCCCGGAGAAACCUUAUUGCUCGAAGGAAGGCGGCCUUACAGGCCACAAGAUACAUUCUCAAGGAUGGCCCGUUGAGCAGAAGCCGCCCAGAUCUUCGGAUCCGUCUCACGGUUGCCCCGACGGACACUUUUCCCCACCAAGGAAGAGAACACCAAGUCCACCUCUCGCUGCCAUCUUGCUGGAGCCCCCUUUUUCGGAAAAAACGGGUCUCCCUAAAGGGAGAGACUUCCGCGGAGCGUUAGACUUUCCCAUGGACCUGGCUGAUGACACGGUGACUCCUUUGUCCGUAUCCUUCCUUAACUCGGGAUCAGCAGAGAAUCAAGGGAAGAAGAGGACCGACGAAGAAGAAGUCCUUGGCCCCAGCAGCCGCUGGGAGGAAGACGCCGGUCACGUUCAUGAAAGCAGGCAACCCUCUGCGUCCAGCAUCUACGAAAUAAAUCACUGGGGGAGAAAAACCGAGCUGGGUCUUUCUCCAGGGGCCAAAUUCCAGUGGCUCCCUCAGUCUUGUCACUGUCCAGGGGAUGCUUCCAUCUUGGAAGCCACAUUGGCUUUUGGUGAAUGUGUUUGUGGCUACGCUAGUGAAGACCCUCUGGCCGAACUCUUUCCUCGACACACGGAGGAAAUGGCCUCACUUUGUGGAAACCUACAAACAAGCGAAUAUUCGACUCUCUAUGACUCCGAUCCUGAAGUGGCAAAGAUUGCCAUUUCGUGGAGCUAUUCGGAUCAUCUGAGUUUGGGGGCAAAAGAGACUCCUGUGCUCUUGGCCCCGUCCAGCCCGGUUGAUAAGGGAGGGAUAUCUUCCACUCCAAAUGCUUUGUCCAGUUCUGAUAAUGCAGGAAACAAAGAGUUCUCGGAACGAGAACCCCCAUCACAGUCAGAUUCAUCCCACAGGACUGUGGAGCUGCAGCAUUCGGAGGAAGCCUGCAGGAAGGAAGAAACCCAGCAUAUGCACAAUUGUGAGGACACGGAGCAGGAUUCGGGGACUGAACCCAAAGGGACGGUUGCUGAGACUGAAGAGAACUCGCAGAAGGCUUGUGGGCAGGUGGAUUUGGCUGAAGGCGCCCUGAAGGAGAAGGACAUGCUGGGAAGCAGGCAGCUGGUUCUUCUAACCCAUCAGGAGCAGCUGGACGAAAUGGCCGCCCUGUCUUCUCGGGAGGAAAGCUUGAUGGGCAUGAUGUCAGACUUGGAAUUUGAGGACUGUCUGAUGAAACUGGACGAAAUACUGAGCCUGAAAGCCGAAUGCAUCCACCGGGCACGAAGCCGGCUGCAGCUCUGCUUUGCUGCUCCCUCAAGUGGCACCCCCCUGCUACCGGUUUCCUCCACCUAGUAAGGAAGCGCGAGAUCCAGACCGGCUACGCACAGCAUCUCAAAGUACCAAAGAGCUCCGAUUGUCAUGCUGAGCAUGUUUUCAGAAGAAAACCUACUUGUCGGUUAACAAGGGAACUUAGCCGAUGACCAAGCCAGUUCCCCUCCCUCCCUCCCAGGUUCUUCAAAGCCCCCCCAAAACUGCUUCAGGCUGGACCUUCCAGGAUCUGUUGAAAGAAAGGAGGGGAGCAGAAAUCACCUGCUCCCCAAAGUCACCCCGUUUUUCCUGCCUGGCUGUCAUUGUGUGAAAUGUCUGAGGAAUGUCUGAGCUAUGAGCAAACGCCAGCGUUGGACAAAGGCAGCUGCCUGAUCUCUCCCCACUUCCCUGCUUAACAAAAAUUCUACAUUAAUACUUCGGCUUCCCCGUUAGCUGCUGUCAGUCCACUGAAACGCCCACCAUGAAACUCAAAAGCCUGGAAUUUGGAAUUUGAGGGACAAGAGGUGGAAAAGGGAUGUCUUGAAAGCCUGCAGGUGGAAAAUAAAGGCAACCCUUCUUCUACCUGAAAUCUUCACAUUGGCUCCGCUAAAUAUUUGCGCUGGUGCGAAUGUUUGCUGGACAAACCUCCGACCGAUUCCUACCAACGAGUUCUACUGUUGUUACAACAGCAACUACACAAGGUUAGGAAUUCGGCAGGUAGGUGUGCAGUUAGUAGAAGAUUCUCCUGACGUGUAAGGGUCAGACCUUCAGGCAGUUUCAAAGACCGGCAAUAAAGGAUAUUGAAAGAAAUAGUAACUCUUGAGUAGAGGGAAUGGAGCCAGUAUCUUGCCACCUGCUGGGCCUUGAGCAUCAGAUUCUCAUGGGAGACACCAUUGGUAGUUCGAUUCUUUCCUUGUCGGGCUCCCAAGUAGCAAGAGUGAGGGGAUAGAAGUAGAAAGGGCUAGUGGUCACGGUGAGAGCCCGAUUCAGCCAGAAUUGGGAGCCAGUCACCGAGACCACUGAGAAGGCUGGCGUUUAUUUUGACUUCAGUUCGCCUAAGCCCGUAGCCCAUCCUUGCUACUACGCCGCCUAAUUCCAAUAUUAGGUGCCAUUUGGUCACGGAGAUUGCAGACUAGUGCCAUCAGGCAGGAUCCAAAGCAUGUCGAUUUGACCUCGAGCCUACAUGUAUGUUUUAGGGCCCGGAAUGCGAUAGUCACCCAUGCUCUUCGGCGGGAAAAAAGCCACAAUAGAAAACGGUUGCGAGGAAAGAGGAAACGGUGCAAACUAUUUUAAUGCAUCAAAAUAGAUAUAUAAACCCGGCAGAUGGACUGAAUUAAAAAAGAAAAAGCAGAGAUAGCUUGGUUAUGUUGCAUUAAGCACUUUGCCUCACCAUACCAAAAAAAAAAUAAAAUAAAGUGUCUUUAAAUACCUUUAAUAAGGGAAGGUGGUCCAUGCGGUUUAAGGGAUGUUGAUUGCGGCAAAUGCUACGUAAAUUAAAUUAGAAUGAGCUUGAAUAGAUGCAUGUCGUUUUAUACUGAAAGUUUGCUUCGGAAUUUGCUGUGUUCAAGACAAUGCCCCCUAAAUUAAGGACCCGGAUCAAAAUGGUAAUUCGAUGCUUUGAUUGCAAGAAUAAUUCAGAAGUGAGAAGAGGGCUGGAGAGCGUAAUUAUGCCAGUGUGCGGUGGUGCCAGAAGUCCCCUCCAACUACAGACUUUCACAUCAAGGAACUGAGGGAUGUGACCUCUCGGCACAGCUGGUCCUUUAGAAGAGGAAUGUGACAUUUUUGGGGCUGGCCAAAAUAAGUGGGCUCUCCGUAACUCAACUUGACUUACGCCAUUAUAAAUAAAAUUUAUUCAUGAUUGCUUGC